AUGGGAAAUGCGAAAUUGGGUUCGCAAGAGCCAGCUACUACUUUCACUCAGCCACCUAACACCAAUCAUUCAGUCUCUCCUGCUGAACCUAUCACUAUGCCUAGAACCAAUUCACACUCUAUUCCACCCUCUAGUGAUACACACUCUCCCCUUUAUUCUCCAGUUCCAAUUCUGUCUAAUAGUCCUAUUCCCAUUCCACUUCCUCCAAUCAGAAAGUCAAAAAGGAUCACUCAGAAGCCUGCAUAUUUGAAUGACUAUGUGUGUAAUACUAUUAUUCUUUCUGAUCUUACCUCUUCCUAUUUCAUUCAACCCUCCAAGCCUAGUGUGUUUUCUUUUGGUGCUCUUUCACUCAACAACCAAAAGGUACUUCAAACACUAUCUACUACUUCAGAACCAAAUAGUUUUGCUCAAGCUUCUGCACAUCCAGUGGCAGUAAAGAAAGGAUGGAAAGUUUCUCAAUUGGAUGUUAAUAAUGCUUUCCUACAUGGGGACUUACAGGAAGAAGUGUACAUGAGAUUUCCUGCAGGACUUGUUCCCCCUAAGCCUAAUCAAAAAGAUGGCCUAAUUUCCAUUUUAGCUGUUUAUGUAGAUGAUAUAUUACUUACAGGAGCAGCAGUCUCUUCUCCUUUGGAUCCAUACUGCAAACUUCAGGUAGACCAAGGCACACCAUUAGAGGAUCCUACUGUUUAUCGACAUUUAGUAGCGGCUUUGCGUGUCUUGAGAUAUCUGAGAGCAGAUCCUUCCCAAGGGAUCUUCUUCUCUGCUGAUCCUUCCUUUGAUUUGAUUGCUUUUUGUGAUGCGGAUUGGGCGGCGUGUAGAGAUUCUCGUCGUUCAGUAAGCGGAUUCUUUAUCACUCUCGGUGGUGCUCCAAUUUCUUGGAAAUCGAAGAAACAAAUCUCCAUUUCUUUAUCCCAGCAGAAGCGGAAUACAAGUCUAUGA